CCUCCGCCGCCGCCGCCGCCGCCGCCGGCUGACCCCAUGGCGCCCCCGGGCCUCCCUGCGCGGGGCCACUAGGUCCCUCGGAGCCCGUCCCGUCACCUCGCCUUGCCCCUUCCGCGGCGCGGACUCGGCGUCCACGGCGCCCAGCUUUUGAGCUCGCGUCCCCGGCCGGCGGGGGGGGAGGGGAAGAGAGGGGACCCCGGGCUCCCCGCCCCCCCCACCCGGCCGCCCUGCCCUGGCGACCUGGAGAAGAUGUCUUCGCGGACGGCGCUGGCCCCGGGCAACGAUCGCAACUCGGACACGCAUGGCACCUUGGGCAGUGGCCGAUCGUCAGACAAAGGGCCGUCCUGGUCCAGCCGCUCCCUCGGUGCCCGCUGCCGGAACUCCAUCGCCUCCUGCCCUGAGGAGCAGCCCCAUGUGGGCAACUACCGCCUGCUGAGGACCAUUGGGAAGGGCAACUUCGCCAAAGUCAAACUGGCCCGGCACAUCCUCACUGGCCGGGAGGUUGCCAUCAAGAUCAUCGAUAAAACCCAGCUGAACCCCAGCAGCCUACAGAAGCUCUUCCGGGAGGUUCGCAUCAUGAAGGGCCUAAACCACCCCAACAUCGUGAAGCUCUUCGAGGUGAUCGAGACGGAGAAGACACUGUACCUGGUGAUGGAGUAUGCAAGUGCCGGAGAAGUGUUUGACUACCUCGUGUCGCACGGCCGCAUGAAGGAGAAGGAAGCGCGGGCCAAGUUCCGACAGAUCGUGUCAGCUGUGCACUAUUGCCACCAGAAAAACAUCGUACACAGGGACCUGAAGGCUGAGAACCUAUUGCUGGACGCCGAGGCCAACAUCAAGAUCGCCGACUUCGGCUUCAGCAACGAGUUCACACUGGGCUCGAAGCUGGACACGUUCUGUGGGAGUCCCCCAUACGCCGCCCCGGAGCUGUUCCAGGGCAAGAAGUACGACGGGCCAGAGGUGGACAUCUGGAGCCUGGGCGUCAUCCUCUACACCCUCGUCAGCGGCUCCCUGCCCUUCGAUGGCCACAACCUCAAGGAGCUUCGGGAGCGCGUGCUCCGGGGGAAGUACCGGGUCCCCUUCUACAUGUCCACAGACUGUGAAAGCAUCCUGCGGAGAUUCCUGGUGCUGAACCCAGCUAAACGCUGUACCCUCGAGCAAAUCAUGAAAGACAAAUGGAUCAACAUCGGCUAUGAGGGUGAGGAGCUGAAGCCAUACACAGAGCCCGAGGAGGAUUUCGGGGACACCAAGCGAAUUGAGGUGAUGGUGGGGAUGGGCUACACACGGGAAGAAAUCAAAGAGGCCUUGACCAGCCAGAAGUACAACGAAGUGACUGCCACCUACCUCCUGCUGGGCAGGAAGACUGAGGAGGGUGGGGACCGGGGUGCCCCAGGGCUGGCCCUGGCACGGGUGCGGGCGCCCAGCGACACCACCAACGGAACAAGCUCCAGCAAAGGCACCAGCCAUGGCAAAGGGCAGCGGAGCUCGUCCUCUACCUACCACCGCCAGCGCAGGCACAGCGACUUCUGCGGCCCAUCCCCAGCGCCCCUGCACCCCAAGCGCAGCCCAACCAGCACGGGGGAGGCAGAGCUGAAGGAGGAGCGACUGCCCGGCCGGAAGGCAAGCUGCAGCACGGCAGGCAGCGGGAGCCGGGGGCUGCCCCCCUCCAGCCCCAUGGUCAGCAGCGCUCACAACCCUAACAAGGCAGAGAUCCCCGAGCGGCGGAAGGACAGCACCAGCACCCCUAACAACCUCCCCCCCAGCAUGAUGACCCGCAGGAACACCUAUGUUUGCACAGAGCGCCCUGGGGCCGAGCGCCCGUCCCUGUUGGCAAAUGGCAAAGAAAACAGCUCAGGCGCCCCGCGGGUGCCUCCUGCCUCCCCCUCCAGUCACAGCCUGGCUCCCCCGUCCGGGGAGCGGAGCCGCCUGGCCCGAGGCUCCACCGUCCGCAGCACCUUCCACGGUGGCCAGGUCCGGGACCGGCGGGCAGGGGCCGGGGGUGGCGGGGGUGUGCAGAACGGGCCCCCUGCCUCUCCCACGCUGGCCCAUGAGGCUGCGCCCCUGCCCGCUGGGCGGCCACGCACCACCACCAACCUCUUCACCAAGCUGACCUCCAAACUGACCCGAAGGGUCACAGACGAACCUGAGAGAAUCGGGGGACCUGAGGUCACAAGUGGCCAUCUACCUUGGGAUCAAGCGGAAACCGCCCCCCGGCUGCUCCGAUUCCCCUGGAGUGUGAAGCUGACCAGCUCACGCCCUCCGGAGGCUCUGAUGGCAGCUCUGCGCCAGGCCACGGUGGCCGCCCGCUGCCGCUGCCGCCAGCCACAGCCCUUCCUGCUGGCCUGCCUGCACGGGGGUGCGGGCGGGCCUGAGCCCCUGUCCCACUUCGAAGUGGAGGUCUGCCAGCUGCCCCGGCCGGGCCUGCGGGGUGUGCUCUUCCGCCGUGUGGCGGGCACUGCCCUGGCCUUCCGCACCCUCGUCACCCGCAUCUCCAACGACCUCGAGCUCUGAGCCUCCGUGGCUCUGGGUCCCUUUUUCUCUCUCCUGUUCCCUUCGCUUCUGCAGGAGGAAAAGGGGACAGGGAGGGGAUUCUCUCCCAUAUCACCAUCUUGGUUUCCCUGGGUUACAUUGGGGAGCAGAGAUUGCCCUCUUUGCGGCUCUCUGGGGCCUCCUGGCAGAGAGAAUGGGGAGGGGAGGGCCCUUGUCGGUGGGAGCUGGCACCUCCCGGAGCCUCCAUCUGAUUCUGCUCCCCUCACCCUGCCAUGGGGCACCUGAGAAGACUUUGGGGACUGGACAGGGGCAGGAAGGGAAACUGAGGAAACUUCCAUCCCUCCUAACAGCUCAAGAAUUAGAUCUUGGGCAGAGGCAGGGAGAGCUGCUGAGCCUAAAGGCUGGAGAACUGGGGGGCUGACAGUGGGGGUCAGAGAGGCCGAUUCCUUCCCCUCCCACUCCCAUGCUCGAACCCCUCCUCUGCCCCAGGCUGGCGAGGGGGCACUUUGUACAAAUCCUUGUAAAUACCACCCCAUCCCUUCUGCAGAGGUCUCCCGAGGAGCUGCCACUGUCACCUCCGGUUUUUAAGUUAUUACCCCACCCUUCUGUCAGCCCCUCACCUGCAGCCUGUCUCCCGAUAAACUUAGGAGAGUCCCCCGCGCUGGCCUGGGCCCUCCGUUCCUGCCCGGCCGCAGAGGAGGUGUUGGCCUUGAGCCUGCGCUGCUGCUCCUGAGCCUCGGGUCCUCUGCAGAGGGGAGUGGCAGGGGUGAGGGUCGAGGAUGAAGUGGAAGAGAGCGGACAGAACUUGGCCUCACCCACCAGGCCCGGGUCCUCUAUCAGGGCCCAUUCAUCCACUCCCGCUGCCAUGUUACACUGGACUCUAGCCUCUUCCUACUCUAGUAGUACAUUUAUUCAAUAAACAGUCAUUGACCAGUGCCUACUCCGUGCCAACCCCAGUGCUGGACACGGAAACACAAGGAGCCUCUGUCUAUGGAGGACAAGCACUAGAGAAACCAUUGUCCUAGGGAGCUCAGAAGAAAAAAACGAGGAGGGUUGGGAAAGAAGUGCCAGAGGAACUGAUGCUGGAGUUGGGCUUUGAAGGAUGAGUAGGAGUUGCCCAGGGCUUGGGUAAAAGCAAAAGCCCAGACAGAAGUGGGGCUGCAUGGUGUAACUUGAGAGAACUCAGUAUGUAAUCUCAGCAUGGCUGCUGUGUUGGGCAUGUGUGGAGAAUUAGCAAGAGAAAUGCUGUAUGAAGACUAACAAUCUCUACACUGGCAAAGCAAAAAAA